CUGUGCACCUCUAUACAGAUCUGUGACCAGAAGAAUAUGACUUUUGAUUUGUAUGUGUGGUUAUUCUUACAGGGUGAAAUACAAGAGGAAGGCAAUACUCCACAUAACACUGCAGGGCUGGAGUAUUUCCAGGUUCCCAUGGAGGAAGAUCAGAUGGUGGAGGAGAAACAUGGAGGGUCUGUGGCGAAGGUGAAGAGCGGAGGGCCGGGCUGGCAGCAGGAGCUGGCCUGCUCUCUGUGUAAGCAACUGUUUAGCAGCCUGCUUCAGCUGCGACAGCACGAGUACAGCCACACACUGUCGCUCAUGACCCUCUCCCUGGACUGCCUCGACCACCACCGCCCCCUGGUGGCCACAUCCCCACUCAACCCUCCACCUGCACGCUACCACUGCUCGCAGUGCCCCGCCAGCUUCACACUCAAGUCCAAUGCUGACCGCCACGAGAAGACCAUCCACCUGAAACGGAAGCUGAUGCAGUGCGUUUACUGCCUCAAGCACUUUCGUGACCGCACCGAUCUGAACCGCCACCUGUCGUCCGUGCAUUCUAGUGAGCGUGUGUACACAUGCCCUGCUUGUACUAGAACCUUCAGCACGCAGAAAAAUCUGGCCACUCACGCCAAGAUCUGUUGUCAGUCCGGACUCUCGCCUACCGGGCACCUGUGGAACCUGCACGCAUUCAAGGAAGAUAGCGGCAACCAUAGCCACAUCAUUGAUGAUUGAUUGGGUGAAUCUCGCGAAAACUGUCAAGAAAUGUCCAGAAUAAUAUAUCACCCACAAAAUAAAAAAAUAUAUAAGGAAAUAUAUUUGACAUAUAGAAAGAAUAAUUUUAUUUUUUGUAAUAUUAUAAAGUUUAU